AUGCGUUUGCGGGAGCAUGGCGGAACCCCGCCCGCACUGCUGGCUGCCACUCUUUUCAAGAUCGUUUUUCUCAGUUCGCUCACAUUGUUCUCGGAGGUAGCCUCGCGUUCAGAUUACACGCACGUAUGCAGUGUCGGCACCGAGGAAGUCCACGCUGCGGCAAACAGCACCAUCAACUUCCAGUGUGGUCCUAUGCUGACGUUGGCGCCAGAGGCUUCGUCGAAUAUGGUUUACAGAGGAACCAGCUGCAAAGAGAAAGCUGAACUUUCCUGGCUAAUCCCAGGAGCAGAGUUGUUUUCUGCAGACGCGCAGUACAUGAGAAAGCGCUCUCAAAAUCAAACGCACUCUUCGGUGUACACCCUGAGAAUCGGCGACUCCCCCGCAGAAGAGGUCCAGAUUUGUUACAGGUGUAAAGCCUCGCAGAUCAAUGCAAUAUACGGAGAAGCAUGGGGUGACGACCCUGUGGAUCGUGGUCAUAUAACGACUGACACACUCUGCAAAAUGGUCAUUCGCGUUGCGGCCGCACCAAAAACACCAGCCGCCGCCUUCGUAGCAAACCUUGGUCGGUCCCUGAGCGUAGGGCUGGCGUUUUUGACAGGGCUUUGCUUCUGA